AUGGAAGCUGUGUCCCCUUGCAGCGUUGCUGAUGCUCUGCGGGAAGCUUCACCAGUGGCGCCUGUAGCGAAGAAGCCAGUUGCUGGCGACUCGACUGCAGCCGUCGAAGAGGCUGGCCAGUCCACCGUUUGCUGCAGCAGUGAAGACGAAUAUCCCAGCUCUGGCGCGUACCCGAGCGAUGACGAACGCCAAGACAGUGAUGCUCAGCCGCAGCCGCAGCCGCAGCAGCAGCAGCAGCAGCCAAGUGUGAAGCAGCACAGCCCGCCGCCCGUGCCGCAGCUCACACUCCCUCAGCAGCAGCUCCCCAGACCCCCCUCAGAAGUCCCACCAAUACAAACUGCUCCGUACGCUUACACCAUAAGUAGCCUGCAGGAUGUGACCGUGGAGCAGCCGCCGACUUCGUGGCUGAAGCCGCGCAUCAAGAUCGACGGCCCCGAGAUAUUUCACGGACUGCUCCGGGCCAACGACGAGAACCUGCCCGCGCACGAAACAGUGCCUUCAACUGAAACCUUUGUGGCGUUUCAAGGCCAGUGGCGCGUGGUCACCUCCGCCGGGACCAGCUCCUACAUCGGAGCCACCAUGAACCCCUGGGACCCCUCCACCGCCACUUACCCGCUGCCCAUAACUUACAAAGUUGCACAAGACGCGGUGGUGGUGCGGGAAACUGUCCCGUCUUCUUCGCGAGCCAACGCCCGCCUCGGAGUGCUCGAGAGGGUCCGCCGUUUCUUCUGCACUUCAAUUGCGGAGUACAUGCAAAGUUGA